AUGCAGUGUCGAGUAACAGGAGCGCACAAUUCAACAGCUGUUCCUCACGUCGCACAGGAAGAGCAUGAUAGCGUGACUCAAAGCAGCUCGGAUGAAUUCAUUUCCAGUUCCGAAUCAUCCGACUCCGAUACUAGUUUUGGUCCUUUGGUAGGAAAAAAGAGGUACAGUAAACGAACAGAGGUCCAUGUGACUGCAGACGCUAUUGGGGUACAUGCCCUGACCAGCAAACGUAGAGGAAGGAAAAAGCAAGAAGAAGUCCAAUUAACGAGAAAACGCAGACAGCCAGAAAAGUGGGAAAAGAAUAUAAGGAAGCGUAUGAUAUAUUGCAAAUAA